CAAACUGACAAUAAGUAUAUAAAGAAUCGCUCGGUGGCAACUUUCAGUUGACUUAUUGUAAUUAUUUUCUGCUUGAAGAUUUCCUGUUACACAGCUAGCUACGUUGCGUUUUCUUUGCACACGUAUAAUUUCUUAAGGACCAGUGUGAAAAUGCAUUUUUACCGACAUAUAAGAAUGGUGCUAGUCCUGGCUAUUGGAUUUUUAUUCGUUUUUGCCGUGGCGUCACCGGUGGAGCUCCCGUCUCUCCGUGAUAAACGCGGCGUCAUUUCCGGCGCGGCGAAGGGCGCCAUCGGCGGAGCCAUCGCCGGCGCGGUGCUGCCGGGCGUCAGUGCCAAACAAGGGGCCGCCGCAGGGGCGGCGGUGGGCGCGGGAGCCGGUCUGAUGAAAGGUCACGGCCAUAAGCACGACCACCACCACUCCGGAUCCAGCCAUUCCAUUCUCUGAUCCCGAACAAUUCCCCAACCCAAACUUUUAUCCUUCAAUUCAGUAUUAAUUUUUUUUUAAUCGAGCCAAUGAGUUGUACAUGCAUUUUACCCAUCCGGCAAUUAUGCCGCAAUUUUUGCUGUUGUGAGAAAAAAAUGGAAGACGGCAAAAUUAAUUUUAUAUGCCUGUCGUUAAGAACGGUGCUUUAAAUUUUAAUUAAUGCACGGGAACCACUGAAUUUAUUUAAUGUGAAUAUGUAAAUACGCUCAAUAAAUUUGUUGCAGUUUUUUCGCAAUAAAAACACGGGAAAAUG